CAUUGUCCAGCCUCACUGCACAGCGCAGGAGAUUUGUUACAUUGUGUCCGGGGCUUUAUAUUGUGUGAUCCCAUCUAUGACUAUGGAGGUGAUGUCUGUGCAGAUCUAUUCUGCCAUCUGGAUUAUACUGAUUGGUGUGAAGACUGGAAACUGUCAGCAAGCUCCAGAGUGUUCACCCACCGGCCAUAAGAUCCUUCAGAACCCCUACAGAAGUGUGGCCUUUGAUUCCUCGAGGCUCCAGCAAUCUGCAAUUCAUGACCUGAUAUGUGACCACUCUCUCACAUCUGGAUGGUACAGAUUAAUGAUCUUCGAUAAGCCUGCUGAGAUGCCAAUCAAGUGCGUGGAGAUGAAUCACUGUGGGACACAGGCUCCGGUUUGGUUGUCCCUAAGGGAGUCAGAAUCUCUGCCGGCCCCGGGGGAGGUGAAGCAGCUCACCGCUUGUGCCACGUGGCAGUUCUUCUUCAGCAGCACCAAGGAUUGUUGCCUUUUCCGCAUCCCGGUGACUGUCAGAAAUUGUGGGGACUUUUUUGUAUAUUUGUUGCAGCCUACCCAAGGGUGUAUGGGCUACUGUGCAGAAGUGGUUCCAGAAUCUCGAUCCCAGUGUGAUGAUGGAGAGGUAGAAGUCAAUGGUGUGUGUACAAGUGAAUCAAACUCACAAAGUCUACUGCCCGAAUCUCCAUCUGUCCCGGAAAUUGUGCCAGAAGCGGUCAUCCCCGGCGUUCAUCUCAAGUGUUCCUUCGAGGCUCCUUCUACAAACAGCUCCCUGGGAUUCAUCGUAAGAUGGUCUCGACUAUCAAGUGGUGGAGAGAAAGAAGAACUCAGACAAGAAGCUGUAGUGCAGCCAUUUUCUAUCAUAGAGUUGGAUGGCAUAAAUGUCAGACUCGGAGACCGGAUCUACUGCAGCGUCUCCAGCUUUAACUUAGAACAACCAGAUGUCCACAGUCUCAUUGUGGAGAGCGAAGAAUUUUUUGCUGGCAUUAAGCUUCAUCCAGAAUCUUUUAGCAUAUCAGAAGAUGGAAGAGAAUACAGGUUGACGGUGAAGAGCACAAUUCCCAUUUCAUGCUCAGAUGCAAGUCAGUUGCAGAACGAUUGUAAAGUCCCAAUAAGGUUCCGUACAAUGAAUGAAGCCGAGGAGAAGAAUGACUCAGAUUUGGCGCUUUCCUCUUGCGAGGUGAAUCUCCUACGGUCCGGCUGCCAAAACGGAACGUGCAGUCAGGCCGCCCUCUAUUAUACCGCCGUGAUGGACUUCGCCUUCGAUGGGGACACAGUGACCAGCAUUGAAGUGGACCCAAUUGUCAGCACCAAUUUCCUGUGGAAUGGUUAUGUGCCGGACCCCAUACAGAUCACAGUGAAGGACAUUUCUACCGCCUACUGCUACUCCUUCACCGACCCCCAUAUCAUCACAUUUGAUGGCAGAUACUAUGAUAACUUUAACACUGGGACCUUCGUACUGUAUAAAAGCGCAUCUCGUGAUUUCGAGGUUCACGUCCGACAGUGGGACUGUGGAAGCGUUGACCACCCGGCCUCCUGUAACUGUGGCUUCGUAGCCAAGGAAGGGGGGGAUGUUAUCACGUUCGACAUGUGCAGCGGACAACUCCACGAAUCUCAACCUCACCUGGCCAUCAAGACUCAGGAACCAUCGGAGCCCAACUUUAGGAUUACUGAGUCUUAUCACGGGCGGAAGAUGACGAUUUCGUUCACAUCUGGAGCUUUUAUCCGGGCGGAUGUCAGCGAUUGGGGAAUGAGUCUGACGCUCAGGUCAUCCAACCUGGACUUCAAAAACACUUUGGGACUUUGCGGAACGUUCGACGGAAACGCAAAUAACGAUUUUCACGACAAGAAAGGAAUCCAGCUGGAAGAGACGUCACACGGGCGCCUUUACUUCAUCAAUGAAUGGCGGAUUCCUGCAGGAGAAAGUUUAUUUGACAAAAUUCCAACUUCCGUUCCCCAAGACAUCAAGAAGACCAAGUACUGCGGUUGUGCACCUACCAUAGAGACAACCCGUCCACAUCAGUCACCAAACACACUCCUUACCAAUUCUCCGCAAGAGGUCUCUGCCUGUACUGGCAAAGACAAUGUAAGGUUUCUCACAUUCAUACCAGUCUUGGAUGUCACCAAUGAGUACGUGAUUUCAACCGAUACCGAUCGGGAUCUAAGGAAGCGCUCAUUGGACAAUCUCCAAGAGUAUGAUCCAAUAUCUGUUGAGCAUGACCCCGAAGGAAUUACCACCAACUUGAUGGCUAUCAAGAAUGUAUCAAGGAGAAGUGACAUCUCAAUUGGGCCACUACCACAAAUGGGAAGCCAUAGAACCCAAAGCAAAGAGAAUAUUACUAAGAAUCGGGCUAAACGUCAGAAUUAUUAUGAGGAUCUCUCAACGUAUCCUUAUCAAAGUCUAAGCCAAACAGACUUGGAAGGAUUUAGCUAUUUCUUCCCGGAGGAUCAUUCCCCAGGUUCCCCCCCUGAGCUUCUGCCAUCUUGGCCUACACCAUCAGGGAUGACCCACUCAUACGCAUCAGCAGUUUGCCAGCAGGCGGUCUUCAACUCCAGUAUCGGGAAACUGUGCGCCGGAUUCCUGGAGAAACGUCUCAUGGAUGUGAUUGACAUGUGUAUCACAGAUAUAUUACUCAAGGAUGACCUGGGAUGGACCGAAGCCGGUUUACCGCUCCUGGAGAAUGAGUGUGAAAAAAAACUAUUGGAUUUAAGAUAUGACCAGGCAAGGAACUUCCAGCUCCCCAUAGAGAAGAUAGUCCUGGAACUGAAAUGUCCCAACCUCUGUAGCUCCAAUGGACAAUGUAUGGAAUGGGGCUGCGCCUGCUUCGAUGGCUAUAGCUCCUAUGACUGUAGCGUCUAUUCUGACCAGGUGCCUGAAAUUUCAGAGCUGGAAAAUUUUGGCCUCUGUGAUGUCCGAAAUUACGAGUGCACGUCUGUAAGAGUAUUCGGUCUGGGCUUCAAGGAGGUAGAGAGUCUAAAAUGUGAAUUUACAAAACAACAGUAUAGUGGAGGCAGAUGGAUCCUUCUGGAGCCAGUACUUACAGACGCUACAUUUAGGAACUCCCGAGCUAUUGACUGCCAGAUCCCGGUAGAUGGCGCCCAGUCUGAUGGAAUGGACCCUGUAGACGAGAAACCCAUUGCACGCUGGAGAGUUAAGGUAUCCAACGAUGGGGAGAUAUUUAGUAACUUCAAGUCGAUGACAUUAUAUGAUGGAGCCUGCCAGACGUGCGACCCUUUAUCCGACGGGCUUUGUACAUUAAAGGAGAAAACUUGUAACAUCGAUGGACUCUGUUAUGCCGAAGGAGACACAAACCCUACAAGUCCCUGUCUACUGUGCAAGCCGAGCGUCUCCAAGUUAACCUGGUCAAUUGCUGAAAUUAAUCAGCCUCCUGAGCUCCACUCCUUACCAGAAAAGCUGCAGACAUUCUAUAGUGAGAACUUCGUCUACCAGUUUGUCGGGUCGGAUCCGGAAGGUUCCGCCAUCCUGUUCACCUUAGAGUCCGGUCCAGAGGGGGCGAGCCUGUCUCCGGCAGGAUUACUCAUCUGGAAGGUGAUGUCCCUGAAUACAGAGAAAAUCGUGUUUUCUGUCUCAGACGAUUGCAACGCCAAGACGACGGUAAUGGUGGAGGUGAUGGUUAAAGCCUGCGGAUGCUUGAAUGGGGGAUCGUGUAUAGCGAAUGUCAAUUUCCCACCAGGAAAAGGGGAAUAUCUCUGUGUCUGUGCCCCAGGAUAUGGAGGAGACGGUUGUCAGACAGAUAUAGAUGAGUGCCAGUCUAGCCCGUGCCGGGCCGGGAGAUGUCUGGACCAGGUCAACAGCUAUCACUGUGAAUGCCCGGCCGGCCUUCAAGGUAAAGUCUGUGAGGAGGAUGUGGACGAGUGCCUGUCUGCCCCCUGUUACUCCGGGGUACCCUGUACAAAUACUUUCGGCUCCUACAUCUGUGCUUCAUGUCCACCCGGUUAUGAAGGAGAUGGAAGAAUAUGUGUGCAAAUCAUUCUGACAACCCAGACCCCUACAACUGAGAUCCCAGUAAAUUAUAAUACAUUCAGUAUUAGCGAAGAAGGAAAAAGCCAGAAUAAGGAUAAAACUAUUCAACCCCAACGUUAUCUACAAGGUUCUCCUGAUGCUCCAAGCCCCACAGAAAGUAGCAAAAGACCAAAAACAUCAAUUGUCUCAACGACCCGCAGCCUUCCGGCCAUUAUGACGAUCAGUUAUCCAAAAAGAACAACGUACUCCAGAAUGCUAAGUGGCCGAAGAACAACUUCUCAUCUGCUCCGCAAUGGUUGGGUCACCAGUCACAUAUCAAGGGCUGGACACAGAGGGACUACUACAAAUGAGUUCCCAAUAGGCAGAAGUCAAACCUCCACCUCUCUGCAACGCCCAAUGGUAGAAGAGAAGAUAUUGAAGGGGAGCGCAAGUAAGAAUGAAAUUUAUGAAAUACCAGACAGCGUGACCAAUGGUGAUCACCAACAAAGUCAGCGGGUAGAAGACCUUUCCACUAUGGUGAAUGGAACAGAAAAUCGAGGAGAGUUGAAAACCACAUUUACUGCGGCUCCAGAGAAGUUGACCUGCGCAGAUUUUCCAUGUUUUCGUGGUGUUACUUGUGAACCGAGUGCGAAUGGAGGCUUCAAAUGUGGACGGUGUCCCUAUGGGUAUUAUGGAGAUGGAGCGACUUGUAAAGCAAUUUGCCGCCAUCCAUGCGGAAGAAAUAUGGAAUGCGUGGCCCCCAAUGUUUGUAAAUGUAAGCCGGGCUUCUCUGGAUACAACUGUCAGGCGGCUGUGUGUCGGCCAGACUGCAAGAACCGUGGGAAGUGCGUGAGGCCCAACGUGUGUGAGUGCGCGACCGGCUAUGGAGGGGCCACCUGUGAAGAAGCUUUCUGUGAUCCACCCUGUGAACAUGGAGGCGUCUGUCAGGCCAGGAAUGUCUGCUCCUGCCCGUUUGGUUUUGUUGGACCCCGAUGUGAAACAAUGGUGUGCAACCGUCACUGUGAAAAUGGAGGCAAAUGUGUGGCCCCUGAUGUUUGCAAGUGCAAGCCUGGCUGGAGUGGACCCACCUGCGGCUCAUCGGUGUGCCAGCCUGUGUGCCUCAAUGGUGGAACCUGUCUGAAGUCCCAGACCUGCUUAUGUCCUAAUGGAUUUUAUGGCGCUCAAUGUCAGAAUGCGAUCUGCAGUCCCUCCUGUAAGAAUGGUGGUCAGUGCAUGAGGAAUAACAUCUGCAGUUGUCCUGAAGGCUACACUGGAAAAAGAUGUCAGACAAGUGUCUGUGAUCCGACCUGUAUGAACGGAGGGAAAUGCGUUGGGCCCAAUAUUUGCUCCUGUCCAUCCGGCUGGAAGGGGAAACGAUGCAGCACACCAAUCUGUCUCCAGAAGUGCAGGAACGGCGGCGACUGUAUCGGCCCAAAUACCUGUCAGUGCCCGUCGGAGUGGGAAGGGGCGCAGUGCCAGACGCCCGUCUGCAAUUACAAGUGUUUAUACGGAGGGCGAUGCGCGGCCCCCAACCUGUGUUCCUGCCGCGCCGGCUACACCGGAGCCUCGUGUGCUCACAGACUACAGGCACUACGAGGAGGAGUCCGCGUAUUUACAGGAGCGUAGGGAGGAGUUCAGACAUUACUAGUCAACCACCAAGAACAACAUGGGAUGAAAGGUUCAUAUGAGGAGAAGACAAAAAGAGUGGAGACGUCUUCACCGCUCGGGUACAGGAGGAGGACAUUAUAUUUAGUAGCACGAUGCUGUGCCGGAGCGGGCGCUAUCAUACGGACAGAUAGUAUCCAUGUGAGAUAGAGAACGGCCAUUCCUUUAUUUAUCUAUAUAUAUAUAAAUGGGCAUUUCCAUUACAGAAAACAUGGCGUACGUGUGAGGGUAUAAAGAUGCAGCUGUAGGACCCGAUCAGGUACAGAUGUAGCAGAGCUGAGCUUGUCAUUUCCUCUAUUGAGUUUUGUGUGAUUAUUUUUUGUGUAGAUUUACAGUCCUAUGUAAAACCGCAGUUAACACACCAAAUCAUCAUGACUUUUUCUCUACACUGCAUUUGGAAAGUUUUCAGAUUAAAAGGGGUACUCCACUGGAAAACAUUUUUUAUU